AUGAAAAGUAAUGUUUAUGUAGGAAUCAAGCCGCUUUUAGGAUCAAUUACGGCCGGGUGCGAGCUCAGUGAAGACCGGUACGAUUAUGUGCUCCACCCAGUCACCAACAGUAGAUACCGAGAUCGUGUUAAAGUAGCUUUCCAGCAGCAUCGCCAACUGCAUCUCAAAGGUGUUCGUGGAGAGCUGCAAGUGCCGGAUCUGCAACUUCAGGACCUGUCUGUGCCUCCGCAGACGGCCAAAACCGGUGCACCUGGCUGCAUCGGGCUGCUAGCGUCGUGGGUCGACAUGGAGAGUGCAGACGCAGACGUCCAGGAACUCAGUUUCCAAGUGCUGGCUAACGAACAGCGUUACGCGGCAUUUGUGGGGAUCAAACAGCUAAUUUUGGCACCGCCCAAAAACCUCGCCUGCAUCAAUCGCUAUGCACUCAUGGUCGCGCGCCUACUCUCGCUGCACAGUAACAACGACGGUGGCCAAAAUCCGGUUCUUUCCAUUUCACUGCCAUUUUUUGAGGACUCAGACCCGCUCUCCACUUGGGAACUGUGGUGUACCGUUCGCAGGAUCUGUGGCUACCAUCUCAACUUGACCAUUUCACUGGCCCUGCCGCGUGACAAAGUGCCAUCCUGCGUGUUACAGAGAUGGCUUGCAGAACCUGUUACAUGCCUCUUGGUAUCAUCGUCGAUAUUCGCUACCAACCAGCACAACUACCCUGUGCUCAACAAGUUCAAUCAACAGAUCAUUUUCGAGUUUCAAAAGAUCAACGGUUGUUCACAAGCAAAACUUUCAGAACUCUGCGUUAUUCUCCAUGGCGUCGAAAAAUACGGAUUCCAAGUUAAAGGCGGCGAACUAGCGUACUUGGAGUACAUCAUCUAUUUACUCAAACGUGGCGACAAAGCCAUGCUGGCAGAAUCAAACAUGCAUAAUCUUUCAGAGCCUAGGCUAAUGCCUCCGUUAGAUCCUUUUUCCACUGACAUCUCUAACACAGUCUACCAUACCUUCGAACAAGACAGAACGAAGUAUCAAAUGUACGGGAAAGCUAUCACUAAGGCACUUCAAAAAUUAAUUGCAGAUAGCAGUGUCAGCGCGAAAGACAAUGGCCCUUUGGUGGUUUUGAUUGCCGGUGCGGGAAGAGGCCCCUUAGUGGAUGAAACUUACAUGGCUGUAGCAGGUCUAAAGAUAACACAGUGUCGCAUAAUUGCCCUAGAGAAAAGUCCUCGCGCCGCCCUAUACCUGCAAAAACGGAAGCAUGAAUACUGGAAAGACUCUGUGGAGAUUGUCAAGGACGAUGCUUGCUCGUGGAGGAGCGACACUAAAGUGGACUUGUGCAUUAGUGAGCUGCUAGGCUCAUUUGGCUGUAAUGAGCUAUCUCCAGAAUGCCUUUUGAAUGUGGAGAAAUACAGUUGCAAAGAGACAACGCUCUUUGUACCGCAAAGCUACUCCUCAUAUAUCGCACCUAUUUCGGCGCCAUUAUUGCAUCAGACACUAGGAAAUCUCAACGACUCCAAUGCCAUGGACAAACCCUGGAUUAUUCAUAAUAUCCCACAUUGCAUUACUUCCACUAAGAUUAAUGAAACUUGGUUUUUUCAACAUCCGUUAGCAUACACCAAACUAAGCAAGUCCGCGGUAACAGAUUUCAAAAUCAAAAACAAAUGUGAGAUACACGGCUUGAUAGGAUUCUUCAAUGCUACUCUCUAUGAUGAUGUCAGCCUGUCCAUUUUGCCCGAUGGGUCAACUGUUAAGAGAGCUGAAUCAUUAACAGAAGACCAAGGGAUUACAACAGGACUGUACGUCAAAGGUGAACACACGCCAGAUAUGACAUCGUGGUCACCUAUUGUGUUCCCCCUCAAGCAACCAUUUUUCAUUUCCGACGAUAGCGAGCUCGAGGUCUUCAUGACUCGAAACCAUGACCAAGUUAGUGGGAAGUUUUGGUAUGAAUGGUCGGUGAGCUCAUAUGUCUAUUUGGUCAUGUCAGAAAACAAAAUGCGGUCUGCUCAAUCUGCUAAUAUAUGUGGCGGCAAUACGGGACAGCAACAAAAUCAGCAGCACAAUAGCCGUUUCACCUCAUCGCCAGCAGUGGACGUUCAGAAAGCUUUUGAGCAGUUUCAAUCUCCGUCGAUUCUUUCGCCCAAUAACGCCACUCCAAAUGCAAUGAACGGCGAGUACGAUAUGUUCGAAAACUCGAGUAGCGAGAGCGGAUUUAUGGAUGGACACCAAAGUGGUUGGAAAAGUGUACAUGAUAUUCACGGCCUUGGUGUCAAAAAUGCUCCUGUCUUCGACCUGCACCAAUCAACUCAAGUUUCAGCUGAAGUACAGAACUCGGUUCCUGAAGAAUUCCAUGUCAGAGUUCGGACGGGCGUAACUGAAAUGCAGAAUGUUGCUGGCCAGUCUGCUUGGACAAAUUUAAGAUAG